CUCAAAAACAAUUGUGAAAGGUGCCAAAAGGGCAGGGAAAAUGACAAUUGGACGGCAGUAUUUAUUGAAGAGGAGGACAGGAACAAUUGUGGAAGAGAGAGUAAAUCGUCCUGGAUGGAAUGACGAAGAUGACAUAUCUGUUUCAGAUGAUAGCGAACUCCCUACAAGUACCACCCUGAAGGCCUCAGAGAAGUCUACAAUGGAACAGUUAGUAGAAAGAGCUUGUUUCAGAGACUAUCAGCGUUUAGGUUUGGGAACCAUAAGUGGCAGCUCUUCCCGUUCAAAACCAGAGUAUUUUCGAAUUACUGCCUCCAACAGGAUGUAUUCACUCUGCCGGAGCUAUCCUGGCCUUUUAGUAGUACCUCAAGCUGUACAGGACAGUAGUUUACCAAGAGUAGCCCGCUGCUAUCGACAUAAUCGCUUGCCUGUUGUAUGUUGGAAGAACUCAAGAAGUGGUACUCUACUUCUCCGAUCUGGAGGAUUCCAUGGGAAGGGAGUUGUUGGUCUUUUUAAAUCUCAGAACUCCCCUCAGGCUGCACCUACCUCCUCUUUAGAAUCUUCCAGUAGCAUAGAACAAGAAAAGUACUUGCAAGCCUUGCUGAAUGCAGUUUCUGUCCAUCAGAAACUCAGAGGCAACAACACCCUUACUGUCAGGCCAGCACUUGCUCUGUCUCCAGGGACUGAAAGGAGGACUUCAAGAAUGUCCACUGUGCUUAAGCAGGUAGUGCCAGGACAUUUGGAUGUAAACCCAUCCAAUAGCUUUGCUCGAGGAGGUGUGUGGGCAAGUCUUCGCUCUAGCACUCGCUUGAUGAGCUCUCCAACAUCCUUCAUUGAUGUUGGCUCCCGGCUGGCAGGCAAGGAUCACUCGGCCUCCUUUAAUAACAGCACCUACCUACAAAACCAGCUCUUGAAACGCCAAGCAGCUCUUUAUGUAUUUGGCGAAAAGUCACAACUAAGGAACUUCAAGAUAGAAUUUGCUUUAAAUUGUGAGUUUGUUCCUGUUGAAUUUCAUGAAAUCCGACAAGUGAAAGCCAGUUUUAAAAAGCUGAUGAGGGCUUGUAUCCCAAGCACCAUCCCUACUGACUCAGAAGUGACCUUCCUGAAAGCCCUGGGAGACUCUGAGUGGUUCCCACAGCUUCACAGGAUACUGCAGCUGGCUGUGGUUAUAUCAGAAGUACUCGAGAAUGGUUCCUCAGUUUUGGUCUGUUUGGAAGAAGGCUGGGACAUCACUGCACAAGUGACAUCCCUGGUUCAGUUACUCAGUGAUCCCUUUUAUAGGACACUUGAAGGCUUCCGGAUGUUGGUUGAAAAAGAGUGGCUGUCUUUUGGUCAUAAAUUCAGUCAGCGGAGCAGCUUGACCCUCAACUGUCAGGGUAGUGGUUUUGCUCCAGUCUUCUUACAAUUCUUAGACUGUGUACACCAGUCACCCAAGAAUGUAGGCCAUGCCCUUGAGUCAUCCAGAGUCUCUGUGACCAUGACUUGCAGAACUUUAUUUGAUGAUAAAGGAGACAAGCAUGCCAAGAAAGGAAUUUGUAUUUGGGAGUGUAUUGAUAGAAUGCACAAGAGGAGUCCCAUUUUCUUUAACUAUUUAUAUUCACCAGUAGAAAUAGAGGCCCUGAAGCCUAACGUAAAUGUGUCCAGCCUCAAGAAAUGGGAUUACUAUGUAGAGGAGACCCUGUCCACAGGGCCUUCCUAUGACUGGAUGAUGCUGACCCCCAAGCACUUCCCCUCCGAAGACUCGGACCUGGUCAGAGGAGCUGGGCCCCACAGCCAGAGGAGAACAGUGUGGCCAUGCUACGACGAUGUCAGCUGCACUCAGCCUGAUGCUCUCACCAGCCUUUUCAGCGAAAUUGAAAAAUUGGAGCAUAAAUUGAACCAAACCGCUGAGAAGUGGCAGCAGCUGUGGGAAAGGGUAUCCGUGGACCUUAAAGAAGAGCCAAGAGCAGACCGUUCUCAAAGACACCCAUCUGGGUCCCCAGGAAUUGUAUCUACCAAUCUACCUUCCUAUCAGAAGAGGUCUCUGCUGCAUCUCCCAGACAGCAGCCUGGGGGAGGGGCAGAGUGCCAGCAUCUCCCCAUCCAAUGGAGUGGACCGAAGAGCAGCCACGCUCUAUGGCCAGUACACAUCCAAGAACGAUGAGAACAGGUCCUUUGAGGGAACACUUUACAAAAGAGGAGCUUUGCUGAAAGGUUGGAAGCCUCGCUGGUUUGUUUUGGAUGUAACAAAACAUCAGCUGCGAUACUAUGACUCAGGUGAGGACACAAGCUGUAAGGGCCAAAUUGACCUGGCUGAAGUAGAAAUGGUCAUUCCUGCUGGCCCCAGCAUGGGAGCCCCAAAGCACACAAGUGACAAGGCUUUCUUUGAUCUCAAGACCAGCAAACGUGUGUAUAACUUCUGUGCCCAGGAUGGACAGAGUGCCCAGCAGUGGAUGGACAGGAUCCAGAGCUGUAUCUCUGAUGCCUGAAGGCUGUGGUCAAUCCAAGCAGAAAAGGUAGAGGAAUUCAUGCUGCCAGAAAGAAAAAGAGCAUGCAUCCUUGAGAAGCUGAUGACAAGUCAUCCAGGGCCGGAGGUUUUCCUGCCCAGUCUUACCCAGUCCCUUCUUGUAGCAGUUGCUAUGUCUACCUAACCUGAAUGGGUGUGUCACACAGGUCUGGUCAAGAGCCCCAGGCACUCCCUGUAUCUUGCACUAAAUUGUUCUAACAGGGUCUUAGUGGUUAGGGAUCAGAAGAAUGCCUCCUGAGCCAACUGUCAUCUGUCCCCUGGGCAAAAUGGCUACCACCUACUUAGGUCGUUCUUCAUGAAACCUAGAUCCUUUUUAUUCUCCAAGGUCAUAAUUUCCUUGGAGAGCUUUUUAACAAGCAAAAAUCAAAACUCUUCAAGAUCAUCUUACAUUCUACAUAGAACAGGUUUCCCAUCAGAGACACCUACUCUUACUGCCUGACCUUUGAGAUGCUCAGUUCUCUGGUGCUGCCAAAAGGUGCUUCCAUGGUCCCUGCUUUGCCAUUGAGGUUCACAGCAAGAGACAUCACUGCUCAGUGGCAGGCAAAGAGGGAGCACACAGGAUUGUCCUGAUGGAGAAAGAUUGUCCAGGGAGUGAUGCAACAAUGACCAGGCCAAUGCAGGAAAAUACUGCUUCCAAAACUGACCACAGGUGCUCUAAGGAUCCAGGGACUUGUGUUCCUAUGUUUUCUUCUGCUCCCUGACAGCUUCUUACACAAAAUAACCUGCAAAAACCUGAAUGCACUAACCCACAAAACAAACACUUGCACUGAACUCCUAAUGACGUGAAGAUGUUGGGAAGAUAGAGGCCAGCUAUUUAUACCUGUGACAAGGGCUGUGUAGAGUGCAGUCACACUGUGGCAUGAUUGGAUACUCAGACACUUCUGCACACGAAAAGUAAGAACUGUUUUUAGAUUUUCUUUACUUUUGAUAACCUUGUGUUUGUUCAGCUUAAUAUCCAAGGAAUGCUGUUUGCUCAUGGUAAACAGAAAUAGCAUCCCUGCUACAGCCACUGAUGCCAACUGGAGUCCUAGGUCGCUAGAUCGUUACAUUUGUUUUGAAAUGUUAAUAUGUUAAAUACCAAACUAAUAUUUCAAAAAUAUGUAUAUAUGAUUUCUAUAUCCUUGUUUUUCAGAUAAUCUGCUUAUAAUUUAAUAUAAAAUUAACUAAACUGAUUCAUUCCUAAGAUUUCAGUAAUGAAAUGAUUCCCUUUUUAAAAAAUAAAAAAACUACUUUGCCUUUGUAGAUUAAAAAUAAAUCAGAUUUUCAAAUUUAAAAUUAUCUACACACUAGGAAAUAGAACUAUACUAAUAAAAGAAAUUGUGGGAUAAGAAGAAUGAAGGACUUUUCUAUCAUUUUCAUUUUAUAAAUUGCCACCUGUGAAAAUGGUUUUUGCACAUUAUUUGUAUUUUUCUUUGUAUAUGAAAUAAUUUUUUGUACUUUGUAAGAUAUGGAGCCCACUGUACCUUCAGGUCUCCGAGACUGUACACACUGCUUCUUUUGUAACUGAUUCUUUUAACUUCCAUGAAGGCAUCGCAUACCUUACACUCACUAACCACCUUGAAUUAAAUUUAUUUCUUAAGAAAAAGAA